AUGCCUUUUUGGGCGAUCCUUGUUCUUGUUGUCGUUGCUGCGACUGGGUCGGACGCGACCAAGCCGAAGCCAAUCAGCAUUUCGCUGCGCGCCAAGUGGGAGGGAACACCACUCCUUCUAGAGGCAGGCGAAUUCUUAGCGCGCGAGGACGCGGCUCUCUACUGGAAGUUCCUCGCCGCCUGGCCGCACGCGUCGCCCGAUGCCAACUCCUCCGCGCGCCCCGCUUCCGCCGCGCCGUCCCCGUCCGACGGCGACUGCCUGGACGCGCUGCUGCGCGUCGCCUCGUCGUUCCUCGCGCCCCCCCUAGCGCCGCUGCUGCGCCUGGCGCUCGCCAUGCGCUCGCUCUCGCCCGCGCUGCUCCUGCACCGCCAGCUCGCGCGCCUCUCGCUCUCGCAGGCGGGGCUGCUGGGCCCCCACGGCGCGCAGGAGGGAACUGCGGAAGGGGAGCAGGCGGGGUGGGGCGCAGGGGGGGGCGAUGGGGGCGAGAGGUGGCGGGUGAGUGAGAACCCAGCGGCGCCCAAGGGUCACUGCUGCUGGGUGGAGCUGCAGGGGAAGGUGCUGCUGGGGGAGGCGGAAGUGGCGGCGGCACUGGCACCAGUGCAGGCGGAGGAAAGCAUCCUCAUCAGUGUGACCCCGCCUCGCAUCACCUCCCUCAAUCGCGCCCUCCCCUCCCGCUCUUGCUGCACCGCACUGCCCUCCCCUCAUCGUGGUGCCAGCGCCCCAUCGGCCGCGCCAGCAGCGGAGCACGGGGCGGCGGUGCACGCCUUCGACCACGUGUACCCCUCCGCCUCUGCCGCCGCAGCCUCGCACCACGCGCCCCCCCCCGCCUUCCUCUAUGCCAGCCCCGGCUCUGCCUGCUUCGCUGCCCUGCUGCCCCUCCUCUCCGCUGCUGCACACCAGGGCGCCAUCCGCCUGGUGCUGCGGCCGGUGCUGCCAGCGGGCUGUGAGCAGCACGUGGAGCGGUGUGCGGCGGUGGGGGCGGGCGGGCGGGUGAGUCUGGGCGGGUACGGAGUGGAGCUGGCGCUGAAGAACAUGGAGUACAAGGCGCUUGAUGACAGCAAGCUCCACAAAGACGGUGCAGGGCAGGCAGCAGCAGAGGGGUCGGCUGAUGACUUGGCGCAGCCAGUGAAGGGCUUUCUCUUCCACACCCUUGUGCAACGGUACCCUGAGCAGACGGGCGAGCUGCUGACGUUUCGCGACCAGCUGCUGGCAGCAGAGGAGAUCCGCGACGAGUACAACGUGUGGGAGCUCAAAGACCUGGGCAUUCAGGCCACUCAGCGCAUUGUGGGGGGAGCAGAGCCUCUGCGGCUGAUGCAGGACAUCAACCAGAACUUCCCCAAAAUCAUGGCCUCCCUCGCCAAGACCAAGGUGGACAGCACGGUGGAGGAGGCGGUGCAGGAGAUGCACGGCAUGGUGCAGGCGGGGCGCACCAUCGUGGCACUCAACAGCAUCGCAUUCAACCUCGCCACCCUCGACAUCUUCACCAGCUCUUAUAUAUUCAUCUCUCGCUCCCACUCGCCUGUUCUCUCCCCCUCCGCGCACACCAGUCUGUUGGAAGCCGUGCAGGCCGAGCUGUCGCUUGGAGCACAGCUGCUCUCUCUCAAGGUGAGCCGUCCUUUUUCUCACUGCUUGCUGUGUCAGCUGUAUGCAGCUGCACUGGCCAUUUCUCGCUGGCCUCGCCCUGCCUCCCCCCCACCAUCUACGAGUCUUCUCCCCAGGUUUCUACUCUCGCCUACCAUCACCCCCCCCGUCUCUCUUGCCAUCCCUAUUUCCUCAUGCCCUGUCUCCCCGUGCACCCCCCUCGCCACCCACCAGCUGCCAGCGCCAGUGGUGCGGCAGCUGCUGCAUCUGCCACCGGCAUCGGCGGCGCGGGAGGAGGGGGGAUCGCCGCGGCUGGACUUCCGGUCGCCGUGGCACGUGCACUUCUUCAAUGACCUUGAGCGAGACCGCGAGUACCGCGGCUGGUCGCCCAACAUGCAUGAGCUGCUGAUGCCCAUGUACCCAGGCCAGUUCCGUCCCAUCCGCAAGAACAUAUUCCAUGCUGUCUUCGUGCUCGACCCCAUGCACCCUUCCACACCAAAGGCAGUGGCGCACAUCCACAAGCUGCAUCGGGGCAGCAUGCCCCUCCGCAUGGGGGUCAUCCUCGCCUCCUCCGCGCGCCUCCUCACCCUCAACGACCCCUCCGCCCCUCCGCCCCACCAUGACCUCUCCGAACUGGCCAUGGCGCUCUUCCUGCACAUCAAGGACUCUGUCGGCGUCCGCCCCGCCUUCGACUUCCUUCUCUCGAUGUGGGGAGGCAGUGGAGCGGACGAAUCGGUGGACGACUACGAGGACGCCAUGGUCACGCUGCCGCUCCCGCAGUACACACCGCCCGACCAGCCCACCAUGGAGGCCGCCUUCCUCCACACGCUCAGUGCGGCAGCAGCCGUGUCACAGGGGGGAUCGCUGGGCAGCGACGACGCCAGGAGGGCUGCGCUGGCAUCAGUGCUGGCAGCAAGACAGCGGGUGGAGGGGGGGGAUGCUGACAGUGAGGAGGGCGGAGGGGAGCAGGGGGGAGCAGGAGGGGGAGGGGCGGCGGCAGCAGUGUGGGCGCAGGUGGUGGGCAGCUCUCGCUUUGUGUCGGGGCUUGGCCUUGCAGACGCCAUGCCAUGCCUGCUCUUCAACGGCGUCUUCUACCCCUCGCCCAAGGUGCCAGGGGGCGCACUGGAGGCGAUGCAGGAGGAGAUGGAGGCGGUGCAGCGGGCUGUGUACUACCAGCAGAUCAGAGGCUCCUCUGACGUCCUCGCCUUCUUCCUCGCCUCCGCUGCCAAGCGCUUCAACCCCGAGGUGGCCCUGCCAGCUGGCAAGACAGCGCCCUACGUGUCCCUGGCGCCUCCCAUGGCUGCUGACAACCCCGCGCUCACGCGCCUCUCCUUCCUGCACUCGCCCGGCACGGAGGACGAGGUGAAGCCCUUCUCUCACCUGCUCGCGCUGGACCUCUCAUCGCACCAAGGGGUGGACCUACUGCUGCAAGCCGUGCUGCACCUGGAGAGCGAGGAGGGCACACAUGCCCGAGUGGCCGUUCUGCACAACCCCCUGCAUGCCCCCGCCACCGCCGAUGCCCGCCUGCCACCUCUCGCAUGGCGCCACCUCGUGCCGCGCCUCAUCAUGGCGGCCGUGCAGAUGCCCAGUCGCCGCAGCAAGCUCCCAGCCUUCCUGCGCAGCCUGCUGCAGCUGCCACUGCUCAGGACCGUGGUCUCGCGGACACACUCAGGCACCGAGGAGGAGGGGUGGGCCGGCAGGGGGGAGGUGAGGAGCGAGAAGGAAGGUCUGGAGCUGCUGGCGUCAGCAUGGAGCAUUGCUGACGAGGCAGGGCUGAACAGGGCCGAGUUGGAGCGUGCUGUGACGGGCGCUGGCGCUGCAGAGGCUGCUGCUGCGCACAUGGCCCAGGAUCGACUCUUUGUGAAGCAGCAUUGCGGCGCCAGCCCGGGCAGCAGCGUCAUCAUCACCAAUGGCAGGCUGUUGGCACCGCAGCACCGCUUUGUGGCGGCGGACUUUGCGCUGCUGGAGGAGGUGGAGUCAAAGCGAGUUAAGCCAGCGCUCUCCGUGCUGCAGGACCUGCCCUCCUGGCCGCACCUCCCGCCCGACCUCCCUCUCAGUGACCACGUGUCGGGCAUGGCGAUGGUGGUGGCAUCAGCGCUGUCAUCAGCAGAGAGGGCCAGCGGUGACUACGUGCAGUUCGCCCGCCUCACUGCCAGCCCCAGCAUCGGCAUCAUCCACAGCAACGACUCGGCACUGCUGCACAUCGAUGGGGUGAUAGACCCGCUCAGUGCGGAGGCACAGCAGGUCACGCCGCUGCUGUUGCUGCUGCACGAGUGGUUCAACCCCUCCCUGCGCAUCUUCAUGAACCCCCUCACGUCCAUCUCCGAGUUCCCUCUCAAGAACUUCUACCGAUACGCCGCUCCCCACAAGGAGCUGGCAGAUGCAUCGGGGGUGCUGGCAGCGGGGGCGGAGGUGGAGUUUCUGAACAUGCCUCUCACGCGCACGCUCACUCUCAACCUCAAAGUGCCCGAGCCCUGGCUCGUCGAGCCGGCUGUAGCGGACCAUGAUUUGGACAAUCUGGUGUUGGAGAAGGUGGCGGACCCCAGCGUUGCCGCUGUCUUUGAGCUUGAGGCGCUCAUGAUCACUGGUGGGUCCGUGCUCAUGGGUGGUGCGAGAUGCUCAUGGGGUGGCUGUGGAGGGAUUUGUGGACACACUCAUGCACGCAGAUGCCUUGGCGCAGACGGUAGAAAAUGUGGCCCAACUACUCUCUGCUCAUACCUGUUUGCCCCCACAACUCUCCCUCCCUCCCUCCACCACGCCACAACCCCCUCUCUACCACCAGGCCACUGCUACGAGGAAUCGGACAUGCAGGAGCCGCCGCGGGGCAUGCAGCUCGUGCUCGGCACGCCCCCGCCCGUCCCCUCCGCCCUCCUCAACCACUCCUCCGCCCCCGCCACCGCCGCCGCCACCAGCAGCAACGGGGCAGCGGGGCGGCCACAGGGCCUGGUGGUGUCAACGGCCUUGGAGGACACGAUAGUGAUGGCGAAUCUGGGCUACUUCCAGCUCAAGGCCGCGCCCGGCCUCUGGCUCCUGCAGCUCGCCCCCGGCCGCUCCCAGACCCUCUACCAACUCGCAGGGGAGGGGGCGCUGGGGGGCAGUGGUGGCGGUGGUGCAGAGGCAGGGAGGGGCGGAGAGAAGGAGGGGGAUGAGGGGAUGGGGGCGGUGGGGCGGGUGGCGAUGGAGGUGGCGGUGAUGGACCUGCGCGGCAAGGUGGUGCAGCUGAGAGUGGUGAAGCGGGCGGGCAUGGAGGGCGAGAAGAUGCUGGAUGGCGCCGGGGGGGAGGAUGGGGACGACGAGCAGCAGGCGGAGCCGGCGGCAGCGGCAUCUCUCUUUGGCUCUUUCUUCCAGAAGCUCACCGGCAAGAAGCCGGCUGCAAAGGGCGAGGGGGCAGCUGCCAACAGCACAAUCAACAUCUUCUCCAUCGCCAGCGGCCACCUGUACGAGCGGUUCACGCGCAUCAUGAUUCUCUCUGUGCUCAAGAACACGCGUCGCCCGGUCAAGUUUUGGUUCAUCAAGAACUACCUCUCGCCCUCCUUCAAGGAGGUGAUACCGCACAUGGCGCGCGAGUACGGGUUUGAGUACGGGCUGAUCACGUACAAGUGGCCGUCAUGGCUGCACAAGCAGACGGAGAAGCAGCGCCUCAUCUGGGCCUACAAGAUCCUCUUCCUCGAUGUCAUCUUCCCCCUCUCCCUGCAAAAGGUGAUAUUCGUGGACGCGGAUCAGGUGGUGAGGGAGGACAUGGGGCGGCUGUACGACAUGCCACUGCACGGCCACCCCCUCGCGUACACGCCCAUGUGCGACAACAACCGCGACAUGGAGGGCUACCGCUUCUGGAAGCAGGGCUUCUGGAGGGAUCAUUUGAGAGGAAAGCCGUACCACAUUAGCGCCCUGUAUGUGGUGGAUCUGGUGCGCUUCCGGCGCAUGGCAGCGGGCGACACGCUGAGAGUGAUCUACGAGAGCCUCAGCAAGGACCCCAACUCCCUCGCCAACCUCGACCAGGACCUACCGAACUACGCGCAGCACACGGUGCCGAUCCUGUCGCUGCCACAGGAGUGGCUGUGGUGUGAGUCGUGGUGUGGCAACGCCACCAAGGCCCGUGCCAAGACCAUCGACCUCUGCAACAACCCCAUGACCAAGGAACCCAAGCUGCAGGGGGCGAGGCGCAUAGUGGCGGAGUGGGGGGCGCUGGACGAGGAGCAGCGGCACUUCACAGAGAGAGUCACCCGAGGGGAGUUCGACGACCUCCCACCCUCCGCGCCUCGUGGCACGCUGCGAUUCACCGGCUUCCAUUCAGCCCCUCGACCAGAGGAGGGGCCGGUGAGGGAGGCUAUGACAGAAGAGGAGGAGGGGGGAGUGGAUGAUAUGGAUGGAGUGAGUGAGGGAGAACAGGAGAGAGAGGAGGGAGAGGAGGGUGGAGAGGAGGGAGGGGAGGGAGGGGAGGAGGCGGGGGAUUGGGCGGGGUACGAGGUGGACACAGCAUAUGAGGACUUGGAGGGGCUGGAGGAGAUUGCGGUGGAGGCUGUUGAUGGCGUGGAGGAGGGCGAGGAGGGCGGGGAGGAGGAGGAUGAGGAGGAGCUAGGGCAUGAGGAGUUGUGA